AUGGACAAUGCAUUAGAUGUAUCGUCAAAUGAUAACGAAGUCGAUGUGGAAGGUAAUUCAUCAAGUUUGGAAACACCAUUGGAAUGUAGUGUUACUAAAACAAAGUUGUCGUCUAGCUCUAAAAAAAAAGCUCAAACCACUUCAUUUCAAGAUGCUUUACUAGACGCAAUAACUAACCCUUCGUUAUUUUUUCAAACACCACCUGAAGUUGAUGACCCAGAUAAAGCAUUUUUACUAUCAUUUUUACCGGACAUUAAAAAACUAAACGAUGAACAAAAAAUGGAAUUAAAAUUUCAAUUUUUUCAAUCCCUCAGAACCAUUACCCAAUCAGCUUCUCAACCACAAAACAUCUAUAAUAGUCCUUCCAGUUCAAACAGUUCAGUAUAUCACCACAAUAUGUCUCCAAAUUUUCCAUAUCCUUACAGCUAUAAUAGACCUAUAGGAUCAUCCACUGCGACUACAUCAUAUGCAUUUCCAGAACCACUCACUCAAAAUUCCUCAUACACUGGACCACCACAAACUCUGCAAAGUCUCGAACAAUCUAAUAGCAACCAAUAUGUAUUUAAAUAA